AUGAACUGGGAUCAGGUGCAAGGGUUCUACCUGGCUAGCUCCUUGGACGGUACUAGCCAGAGCAUUGUGCUGACGCUGUUGCUGCUUAAUGGGGAGCAUCAGGAUGAGGUAGAAGACAUCAUAAGCUUGUUUAGUGUUAACAGAACCGUACCGCCGCAGACUGAGUUUGCGGUGAUUGGUAGGACCGGCAAGUACGAGAAUGCUCGAGGUUAUGCCGUACUUGACUCCUCAUGGAUGACCAGCACACCACAGAUGGAAUCGAUACCAUCCUCCAUUUCAACGCGUGUGGAAUUCCGUAUGGUCGUUAAAAUGAGUUAUGUUCUGUUAUCUAAGUACAAUUUUCUUGCAUCAACAUUUUUUUAA